CCGGACUCCGGAGCCCGCCCCGGACUUGGCGUGGCGCCGCAGAGUCGCGCGCACCGCCGGCGGAUGGCCGAGCUCUCGCCGUUUCCCGUUCCUCCGCCCUCGCCGCCUUGCCCUCCAGCCAAGCGCUUCACCUCCCCACGUCCCCGUCCACCGCUUCUCCUUCCCGGAGCCCCCGUAACCUCGCAAAACUGCCGCGCCGGCGCGUCGGCCCGGUAAACAAACCACCCCCCCCCCCCCCCGCCAAUUUCCACUCCGCUCGCGCUCCCCGCCUCGCCAUCUCGAAUCCGCGCGACGCGCCCCCUGAGCCGCCGAGAAGAUGCCGCGGCUGACGCCGGCGGACGCGACCCUGAUCCUGGACCACGCCCUGGGCGACCCCAAGGUCCCCGCCGCCGCCGUCCACGCGCUCCUCGCCGCGCUCCCCUUCCCCUCCGACCCGACCCCGCGCCUCCGCCGCGCCGUCCUCCUCCGCCGCCUCGCCGCCGACCCGGUCUCCGCCUCCGCGCUCGACUCGCUCCACCUCCUCGCCUCGCUCCCCGCCUCCCCAUCCCCGUCACCGCCCCCCAUCGCAUCCGCCCACAUCGCCGUCGCGGGCUUCCUCGCGGCGUCCGCGCCCGACUUCGAUGCCGCCGCCGCGGCGCUCUUCGUGCGCCCCGACGGCCGCGCGCGCCGCGCGGUCAGCGAGGGAGGGUCCCCCGCGCUCGCCUCCGACGACGCCGUCGCCGCGGUGGACCAAUUCGAGGCCGCCGUCGGGAACUCGUUCUCGCAGGUCGUGCUCAGGAGCCUGUGGGGCGACCGAGCCGCAGCGGAGGAGCGGGUCAGGGAGCUCCUCGCCGCCGAGUGGGCCGCGAUCGGACCGUCGCUGCUGGAGGUGGCGGCGGAGCGGAUCGUCGGGGAUGGGUCCAUCCAGACAUGGCGUGACGCGAAGGAGGCCACCCGCGCCAAGUUCCGUGUGCUAGCUGGGGAAGAAAAAGCACGUGAAAUUUUGGGCAAACUUGAAGAAUCUACCUCUCGUGUAAAUCUGAUUUCGACACCAGAAUUUUCCAGGGUGGUGGAUGCUCUUAAAACAAGCUGUGCAGAGCUUCACAGUGUAGUUGAGGAUCCACUUCCAGCUGCAAAGGCAGCUGCAGAUGAGGUGUUGGCUACAAGGGUGGAUAGGGCAGUUAAUUUAAAUGCUGAAACUGGCCAGCCAGCAGCUUGUGGCACUGCAGGCCCAAGCGCGCUUCAUGAAAAGAACAAUGGUACAAAUAAAGGCACACCUCCCAGCCUUAUGGAUUGGAACCCAACGGCACAGACCUUUCAGUGGGAGGAGUCGCCUGAUCCUGAGGGUUCAGAACCAGCGUUACGUAGACCGCACUUGCCUAGCCCUAGGAGAAUACCAGUUUCUCCUUUGCCACCGGCAGAAAACAAAAAUAAGCGUAGAAGGGCAAGGAAGUGGUGCUUGUUAGAAGAAGAAACACUAAGAAAGGGUGUUGAACUGUAUGGUAGCGGUAAUUGGAAGGACAUUCUGAGUAACAACCCUGAUGUUUUUAUCGGCAGAACUCCAGUGGACUUGAAGGAUAAGUGGAGGAACAUGAUGAGGUAGUGGAUAACCUUUUAUCUGGACAAGGUAAUGGAGCCUUUGUUUAUUCCGGCUGAAGUAACCUCACACGUUCUGGCGGUUUGCUGUGGUAAAGUAGAAAGCCUUUAACCAUUUUGUGACGGCACUAAUGUAGCGCCAGAUUUCUGCCGCUGUGCUGAUCCCCACCUAACCUGUAGCAAAUGCUCACCGAAUAUCUGCUUCACUGAAGGGUUGUAUUGAACUUGUGUGUAUAGCAUGCUGCUUGUGUGUACGAAUGCUUCUGUACCGUCGAAGUACACUGUACGUGUAA